AUGGCCAGUCGGCCAUGUUGGGGUGGCAAGCGAACGGAUUAUCUCAUCGGGAACUGCGUUGAGUUCUGGCGAAUGAACAUUGUCGAGCGGUUACAACAAUCCACAAUGAAACGUUUAGUGGUUUUAUGUGUCGCGUUAAACCUUAUAUACGUGUUUGCCCAGCAAAGCCUAGACUAUGUGCUUGGAGCAGAACUACUCGUCAACCAGCCAAGUUCUAGCGCAAGUGCAAGUGAUAAAUUUUCGUGUCCGGAAUCGAAUCCCUUCAUCGAUUGUAGCUGCAUGUACGCCAUCGCCGAUUACGAAAUACAAUGCCCGAUUGUGAAUCCAGAAAUCACCGUCAAAAUCAAGCCCGAAGUAUACGCCCAAGUGCAGUGUUACGAUCGGCACGAUCUGGAAGCCUUACCGAAUCUGAAGGCUGGGAAUACAACGCAACUGAAGGUGAUCCAUUGUCCACUACCGGAGGAUAAGUCAAUCCUGCAGCUUGUUAGUUUUCUUGGAGUGGAGAAUGUAAGGGACUUCUGGUACCAGAAUUAUGGAAAAAGUGCGGGAGUGCAACUGCGAAGGUCGCACUUUGUAGGUCUUCAAGGCCUUGAAAAGUUGUUCCUCAGUAGCGGGAUAAACUAUAUUCAUCGGGAUCUUUUCGCCGAUCUGAGCAAUUUGAAGUGGCUAGUGUUACAAGGGAAUAAUCUAACUCGUUUGGAAAAUGUGUUCGAUAACUUAACGGAUUUGGUCGUUCUGGAACUGGGAGCGAAUCAGAUUACUGAUCUAGACGCAGGAUUUCUCCAAAAGCUGCCGAAGCUUCGACAUCUCAAUUUGUGGCACAACGAAAUUAGGAAGGUUCCAAAGGAGAUAUUUCGUGGUGCACAGUCAAUUGAAGAGCUAGAUUUGUCAGUUAACAUGAUCGAAUCUCUAGACCCCGAUGUAUUUGCUCUGCUUCCGGAGCUGUCUACGCUGAAUCUAGGAUUCAAUCAGCUUCGAAGAGUUCCGAAAGAUUUGCUUUCUAAUAAUCGCCUUCUGAAGGAAUUCAGGAUGAUCAACAAUCAUGCUCCGUUAGACGUUCUUCCAGCUGAGCUGCUUGGAAAUCUACCAAACUUGAUAAUCGUGAUCCUCAGUCGGAACGGGUUCACUAAAAUCUCGCCAACGAUUUUCUUUCGUUCUACAGCAAUUCAGCACAUCGAUUUAAGCUAUAACAAUCUACGAUCCCUCCCUGAACAACUACUACGUGAUCAACAUUGGCUUCAGUACUUCAGUGUGGCAUACAACAGGCUUGAAGUUCUUCCCGAUCAACUACUGGAAAAUGCGACUGAACUAGCAGUUCUUGAUUUAUCGUUCAACAGUCUUCAGAAUCUUUCUUCCAAGGUUUUCGCGUCGUUGGAUAAGCUCACCGUACUUCAUUUGGAAAACAACGCACUUCAUACUAUUGAUUUGCUCGCCUUUGCCGCCAUUGGAAACUUGGAAACACUUUUUCUACAAAACAAUCACCUGAAUUACAACACCAGCAUAGACAAAUCUCCAUUCCAAUACCUGAACAAUCUCCGUGUUCUGAAUUUGAAGAACAACAGCAUUAGCACCAUCCUGCACGAUUGGAACUACAACGCCCUUCAGCUCCUACAACUAGAUCUAAGCCACAACAACUUCACUCAGCUGGCCUACCUUAAUCUACACUUCAUUUCCCGGGAUAUCCGCAUUGACCUGACGCACAACCAAAUUUCCCAGGUGGACAUGAGCGAUUUCCGGAUUCCCGCUGCAUCUCCUCUGCAACGCAAAACCGGCAAAAUCUGGGUGAACCUCAACGCAAACCCACUUGAUUGUAACUGCAAAGCUUUAUCGUUCAUUGAGUACAUCCAGGACAACGAUGCUUCUAUUCGACGAAUUCAGUUUGCCACAGGGGAUCUACAUUGUUUGUCACCGGAUAAUCUUCAAGGAAAGCACGUUUCUGAAGUUCCUGCUGUGGAUCUCACUUGUCGGUUCAACCAAUCUGGUUGUUCUGUGGAAUGUAGCUGCUUUCAGCGACCGGUUGAUCUAACCGUCAUCGUCAACUGCUCCAACCAAGGACUCAGGCGGAUUCCACGCCUGCCGCAACUGGACAAGCUGGGAUACAACUCCAUCGAACUGCAUCUUGAAAACAAUGCUAUAACCGAGCUUCCCUUUGAAGGCAUAUCUGCCGUUUCCAAGCUUUACGCUCGCAACAAUUCCAUUACUCACCUGCAACACAUCCACCUUCCCCAUAACCUCCAAGUGCUGGAUUUGUCUCUGAAUCGCCUGACAACACUCGACCUCCAGUCCAUCCAAGUCCUCAACGAGAGCCUCCAACUGGAACGACUACUCCUCGGGUCAAACCCUUGGCAAUGCGACUGCAGCUCUGCACCCUUCUUACACUUCAUCCAGCAAACCUUCCAGCUGAUCGCUGACAUCAACCAAAUAACCUGCCCGAACGGCCAUAAACUGGUAGCCAUUUCCAUCAACGACCUCUGUCGGGAACGCUGGAUCAUGAUCGUUGCCAUUAGCCUUACCAUCUUGUUGCUUGGUCUUCUCGUCGGAAUCUUCAGCUCCCUGUGCUACGCCUACCACACCGAGAUCAAAAUCUGGCUCUUCAAACACAACCUCCUUCAGUGCUGGGUUACCGAGCAGGACGUCGACAAGGACAAACGAUUCGACGCCUUCAUAUCCUACUCGCAUCACGACGAAGACUUCGUGGCGAAUCAUCUGGUGCCCACGCUAGAGCAACCACCGAUGAACUUCCGAACGUGUUGGCACGUGCGCGACUGGACUCCCGGGGAGUUGAUCACCGAGCAGAUGACACGUUCCAUCAGCGAAUCCCGCCGAACUAUCGUGGUGCUGUCCAAGGGUUUCCUGGAGUCCGUAUGGGCCCGAAUGGAGUUUCGGACGGCGCACUUGAACUCGCUGGCCGAGAGACGAUCCCGGGUGAUUGUUAUCCUGUACGAGUACUUUGGCGACCUUGAUCAUCUGGAUUCGGAUUUGAGGGCCUACUUGAGGACGAAUACGUACAUUCGAUGGGGUGAUCCGUGGUUCUGGGACCGACUGCAGUACGCGAUGCCGCAUUCGCAGAGGAUCAGAGGCGCAAAGGAACUUCGAGGUGCUAGAAGCUAUGAGAUUGGAAUGCUUGAGGAUCGUCUGGAGAUGUCCAAGUCGCAGAUUGUGGCAUUUGAUGCGUUUAGAGGGUAUUUGAACCCGACGCUGAGCCGCUCACUUGGAAGGUCACUCGAGCAGCUCGAUGGUAAUGGUAAUUUUGAGGGGAUUGAUAUCAUUGAAAGUAGAAGUUUCGAUGAGUUGUUUAUCAUAAUUACUAAGGAAAGCGAUGUGUGA